GAGUGUGUGCGCGAGUGUGUGAGAGCGUGUGAAUGUGUGUGUGUGUGUGUGUGCAUGCGUGCGCGCGUAUGUGCGUGUGUGUGUGUGUGUGUGUGUCUGCUCUGCUGUUGCUGCCCUUUGAUCCCUGCAUUAGUGUUAGUUAGGGGCUCGGAGACACACUUGCACCGAGAGCAGCCAUAGUCAAGACACGGCAACAACAACAGCGGCACCUCCUCCGCCUGUGUUCCCAUUCCCCAACAAUACACUUUAAACCGAGCAAAGCCAGGUGCACGACCAAGUCCCUGCCAUCACUGGCGCCUCCAGUCUCAAUGGGAAAAACCUUUUUUCUUCUUAUCCCUAAACAAGGACGAGAAUGUGAUUAAAAACGGGGGAAAAUGCCAAGGAGGAAGCAGGAGCAACCCAAGCGCCUGCCUUCACAUGUGGACAGCAACGAGGAAGGAGGGCCUGAUGACGGUCCUGUGGAGGAGGAAGGCUGGUUUGGGAAUGCUUCUGACACACGCUCAGAGUCGUCGUCCUAUGGAGACACCCAGGAUGAGCUCCUCCUGCCCAGGGGCUCCUCUCCUGAUGAACGGCCUGGAGUUAGCGCUGGGUCUGGGGACCACGAUACCUGUGGAGGUGAGAGCUCAUUGGGUUGCCCCACACCCGUCCAUUGUGCCUCUUUGGAACUUCUUGGACUGGAUGGAGGUGCAUUCUCGGCCCAGGACACACUCUCUUCUGUGGUAUCAUCACUGUAUGGUGAGGCAGCAUCUCGUGCCCUGGGCAAACCCCUUAGCAGCAACCUACGGCGCCUCCUAGAGGCUGGGUCGCUUAAACUUGACACUGGGGAGCUCCUGGGUCGGUCAUCCAGGGGAGGUGCUGGGGGGGAGUCUCCUCCAAUAGGUCUAGCCCCACCUUUGACCCUCUCCCCAUCUUCCCACCAUGCCCAGCAGUUAAGUGCUCUUGCCCGAAAACUGGCCAAUAACAACAACAGCGGCUCAGCCUCACCAGCCUCCUUGGCACCCUCAGUCACCAACAUUAAGCAAGAGCCCCUUGACCCCUUUAACUCUGUCACCUCUAGCAACGGCAGUGGCUUUGUAUGGGCAGGUGUUGCAGAUAAGUGGCCACCGGCCAGCUGCUCCACGCCCUGCGGCUCCAGCCUGUCCCCGGACUCUGCAAUCCAGAAGUUAAAAGCAGCAGCGAAUGCUGUACUUCAAGACAAGAAUGCCGUGGCCUCCUCCUCAACAACUUCUUCCUCCUCCUCCUCCACCUCUGCCUCAUCUGCAGUGCCCGCCCUCGGAGGGGGUGGUCGAGGAGAUGAUGUGGUGCGCUUUGAUGCCUUCAACUCUCCUUUCAGCCCACAGUCAGCUAGCUCCACCCUCGCUGCACUUUCCAAGAAAGUCAGUGAGCGGAGCCAAGCCUCGUCAACGGCCAGUGCUGCUACUGACCACCAAGCCUCAGCCAGUUCCUUUCUCUCACUUGUCUCAAUGACCUCUUCUGCUGCCUUGCUCAAAGAGGUGGCAGCCAGGGCAGCGGGAAACCUGCUGGCAGAGAAGAAGGAUGGUUGCUCCUUGGCGACUGCUGGGGUCCUCCAAGAGGAUGUGAAGCCCCUGCUGGACAAGAACCAGAAGGCUCCCACGCCCUCUACACCCACCCAGAGCCUAGAGUUGCUGUUGCCCUCUACUCCAAAGGGCAGAGUCAAACCCAACAGCCAAGCAGGCUCUCCUGAGGAUGGUGGCAAACCAUUCCAGUGUCCUGUGUGUGGACUGGUCAUCAAACGCAAGAGCUACUGGAAGAGACACAUGGUCAUCCACACAGGCUUGAAAAGCCACCAGUGUCCCUUGUGUCCCUUCCGCUGUGCUCGCAAAGACAAUCUUAAGUCCCACAUGAAGGUACAUCAGCACCAGGACCGGGGUGAGACGUUUCAGUGUGAACUUUGCCCCUUCACCUCCUCCCGUCACUUCAGCCUGAAGCUUCACAUGCGCUGCCACCAGCACUUCCCCCGCACAGACGUCAAGGUGAAAGAGGAGCUCACCACCGACACGGAGGGCGAGGGCUCCCUGAUGGGUGACAGUGGCUCCGCAGACCUGAGAGGGACGGAGGUGUCCCCGCUGCACUCAGACACUCAGCAGCAGACGUCCCCUCUGGUCGAAGCUUCCUCCAAUCACGUUCACAUCAAGGAGGAGCCACAGGAGAGAGAUCUGUCUGUGCUCUCCCCCUUUAGCAUGUGCAGGGACCGUCCCAGCAGCAGUGCCACCUCCCUGGAUCUACCUGGAGUUGGGGUAGGAGUCGGGGUCAGAUCCAGUCCUAGUGGUUCAACCACAGCAUCCCUCUUCAGCCCUGACAUCAGUACCAAGACGGCCACUGACCUACUUAUGAAGCUUUCAGCGGCCAACCAGAGGGAGACACUCAAGUCUCCAUUCCACCUGAAGGAAGAGCCCAAAGCGGAGGAAGCCUUGAGCCCUAGACCAUCCUCCCAGAGCCAGGUCCAGCCAAGCUUCCCUGCGACUUUCUGCCAGGACGGGCCAGUGGGGGCAGCAGCAGCCACAGAGCGCCCAGGGCCAUUGAAACCAAGGGAAGGAAGCCCAAUGGCUAAGAACAGCUUACUGAGCCAGGAUAUCAACGUUAAGGUGGCCUCUGAGCUGCUGAUUAAGCUAUCAGAGAACAACAAAGAUGCCCAUUAUCAGAAGGUGAAAGUAAAGGCAGAGCCUAUGGAGGUGGACCCACCCCCUACAGAACUCACCCCACCUGCCUCUCACCUGCUGGCAUUCAGCACUUUAGGGUCGGGUGAGAAGAGUGAGCCGAUGAGUAACCUGCCCGAGACGUUGGCCCGCCCCCAGAAAGACCUCUUCUCCCAGGACAUAUCGGUCAAAAUGGCCUCCGAAUUACUGUUCAAAUUGUCAGAAAAAGUCAGCAAAUCCAACAACCACAAAGACACUAACAUGGUGGGAAUAAACAGUCCAUUCCUGGACGAGUGCUUCAGACAAUCACCCUUUAACUCGCGCUCCAAGAGCUCUUCCCCAGCAGAGGCAAGCUCCUCUACCAGGGUAGCAUUUCAUGACUCAGAAAAGGAUGAUGGGGAGCCGGGAAAUGGGAUUGCACAGUGGAGACUAAAUGAGCAGCUCUUCCCCUGUCCCGUCUGUGGCAAGGUGUUCGGUAGACAGCAGACUCUUUCUAGACACCUGUCUCUACACACAGGAUCAGAUUUACAGUUGGGGUCAGGCAAAGAAGAGAGGAAGUACAAGUGUCACCUGUGUCCUUACGCAGCCAAGUGCAGGGCUAACCUCAAUCAGCACCUGACCAUCCACUCUGUCAAGCUGGUCAACACAGACACUGAGCAGAUCGUCAGCGCUGUUACAGCUGACUCUGCUGAGCGCAAGAACUGCCCCUACUACUACAGCUGCCAUGUGUGUGAUUUCCAGACGGAGCUGAACGCCCAGUUUGUAAGCCACAUGUCACUCCAUGUGGACAAGGAGCAGUGGAUGUUCUCGCUCUGCUGCAGCGUCUGUGACUACGUCUGCAUGGAGGAGAACGACAUGAAAAACCACAUUAGUACUGGACAUGCAGGUCUGAACUCAAGGAGUCCCCUCAGCGAGACCAAGAGCACGUCCUCGUCCCUCUCGGCCCUCAGCGAUUCACUCAACAGCUCAGAGGGCGGAGACCUCACCCAUGGUAACGAAGAACUCAGGGGCCUGCUCGCCCCGCCCUCCUCCGCAGGCAGCCAGUCCAGCUCUGGAAGCCACUCGGGAUCAGGAACUGAGGACAAGUCAGACAAAGGCUUCGAGUGUGUCUUUUGCAAUUUUGUGUGCAAGACGCGUAGCAUGUAUGAACGGCACCUCCAGAUCCACCUCAUCACGCGAAUGUUUGAGUGCGACGUCUGCCACAAGUUCCUCAAGACGCCCGAGCAGCUGCUGGAGCACAAGAAGUGCCACACCGUCCCCUCCGGAGGGCUCAAGUGCCCUUUCUGCAUCUACUCCACCAAUCGUCCAGCGGCCAUGGAGUGCCACCUUAAGACGCACUGUAAGAUGGAGUACCGCUGCCGCAUCUGCCAGGGACUGUGGACCGACCAGGCUUCAUUGGAGGCCCACAUGCGCGGGCACCGCCUGGGGAACCACUACAAGUGUGAGCAGUGUGGCUACUUGUCCAAGACGGCCAAUAAGCUGAUCGAGCAUGUGCGUGUGCACACGGGCGAGCGGCCCUUCCACUGCGACCGCUGCACUUAUAGCUGCAAGCGCAAGGACAACCUCAACCUGCACAAGAAGCUGAAGCAUGCGCCGCGCCAGACCUUCGGCUGCCAAGAGUGCCCUUUCACCACCACACACCCCUUUGUCUUUAGCCGCCACCUCAAGAAACACCAGAGUGGAGGAGCGGGGGGACUGGGCGGAGGCUUCGGAGGAGAAGAAGAGGAGGAAGAUGAGGAGGCAGGAGAGGAGGAGCUGCCACUCCAGGGAACAUCCCCCGGGGGCUCGUCCUUGCGGAAGAGCCAGGAGAAUUUCCUGUUCAGCAGAGGAGGAGGGAGCAGUGGAGGGAGUGGGAGUAACAGCCCUCUCAUGAGUCUGACAGCAUCCCAGGCGCUCCAGUCUGUCGCCCUGUCACUCACACUGGGCAGGUCCCACCAGCCGGACGCCACUGGCCCUCUGCACUGCUUGGUCAGCACUAACGGCAGCAAUACCACCAGAAACCCCAGCGGCCCGAGCAGCGGUGGCGCCUCGCUCUUCUUCCCCUCCUCCCGCCACAUGUUUGAGCAGUACAGGAACUGCGACCGGGCGCACCUGAUCCCCCUCACCACCCUGUUCACCCACAACAGCCGCUUCACAUUCCACUCGCACCUCCACUCCAGAUGGCGGCCAUCCACAUCUUCUCUCCUCUUCUCCUCCAAUUCAGCGCCCCCCUCCCGCUCUCUCCCUUCACCCACCUCUCACAAACACUCCUUCCUGGCCUACCUGGGACUGAUGGAGAGGGCCAAGACUGUUUGACCUCGCCCACCUCCUCUCCUCUUACUCGCCCUCGCUCUUUCCCUCACUCCUCGGACGGUGGUGUGAAUGACACUUGACCACUGCAGUGGGAGCAAUGUCUUUUCCAAUCAGACCAGCAGAAUAAGCUGGACCAGACAAAAAUAUUGAAGAAAAGAAAAAAAAAACAUUUAUAAGAGAAAAAGGCUGUACAUGCUAAAAAUGCAUUUAUAUCAAAAAGCUGCUUUUCUUAUCAGUUCUAUCAAUUGAAUUAUUACUACUUCAACUACUACUCUCUAUUACCUUUUUUUCUGUUUUUAAAUGUCUGAAUGACCUGGACCCAGUUGCAUUAUCUGAGGAAACUAACGUAUCUCAGUUUUAUAGAUUUUUUUUCUUUAGUCAUUUGACGAGAUAAAAAGUUGAAAAAGACGAAACAAAACUUGCAAGUGCUAAAUUUUAGUGCAUUUUUGUCUAUUGCUAUUAUGCAUCGAAAUAGCAUGCCUGUUUCUGUGUUUCAACUAGCUUUGACGUCAUUAGGAAGCUAAAUUCGAGUGUUAGCAGUGCAACGUGGACAGAACCAAUGAAACGGAAUGCUUUUCAUUGAAAAAGGCACGUUUCCAAAGCAACGCCUCAAACCACGCACUUACUUAUUUAUCAGUCUUGUACAUAGUUUUGUAGCCCUUGCCCUUCCCAUCUUUUUGAUUUCUGUUGGUUUUUUGUAUAAUGGUGAAACCAUAUUAUGCAUAGCUGCUGCUUGAUAACCACCUGUCUCAGAGUAAAUGUCAUUUAAAUGGGUUACUAGCUAAUUUUAAUAGUUUUUUUGUAAGCUCACAAAACAGAAGAUAAGCUGUGAUAAUGUAAAUAAGGAAAAUAUUCAAUCUGACUUAUCAUGACAAGAAACAUUAUACAUUUAUUACUUGAUACUUUAAUAACUUGAUUUAAAAAAUAAAUGUAAGAUGUUGUCGUCAAUGAAUUUGCACUCACAGGUGAAUAAGCAGUGAAAUAAUGAGACUCAUGGCAAAGUGGAAACAUUCAUUCAUUAUUUCUGAGACCAGGUGGAUAUCAGUGCAGCUUCGUGUGCAGAACUAUGUAUCACGCACCUAUACUUAGAUGAGAUAUAUGAGAUAACUGUUUUGUGGAGGUGACCAGCUCUGGGUUAGCGAGCUACCCACAGUCAGGGUUACCACAGGCCGAUUCAAUGGUGCUUUUUGGAGCUUUUUGUAAUUUUUGUGUACAAAAAAGAAAAAAACUGUUCCAAAAUGACUUGAAUGAAUGUAUUUUUGUUUAUGUACAUGAAAAUGAAGCGAUACAGAAGUGUGAACAGGGACGUCUUCUGUGCUGGAAAAGACGGGAAAGUUAGUGUGUUUGGUGGCCUUCUGUGUCUUUUUCUUUUGGUUUGUCUUUAAUUUUUUAAUUUUUACUUUUUUUACUGAGCCUUUUACAUCAUAAUAAAACAUUUUCUACUAACAUUCAUAGAGAACCCAUUGUGAGAAAAAGUUCCCGUAGGUGCAAUGAUGAAGCAAAGCCAUUCACUUGUACAGCAUUGUGUUCAAUGGCACUGGCUUCCGUUAGGUCGGCAGACGUGGUACUGCUUUUUGCCCCCGUCAACCUUUUGAGUUUUAAUUGCACUUAAUGUAGUUACACUUCAAGCCAAAAGCACUUAAACCUUUCAUUUUCCCUUUUUUUAAUUGCAAACUCAGAUCCACCAAGUUAUAAUAAUGUGAAGUGGACAGUAGUUGCUGGAAAUGACUCAAUCAACACCCCUUAGUUUCACAUGUAGGUAUUUCUAGCAGUGCAAAAGGGUCUGCCUCUGUGAAAUCAGAGAAAGUAAAUGAAUACAAAUUGCAUGAAUUAGACAGUAGAGGUCAAGCUCUCCCUGGGAACUCAAGGUCCCAGGCUAAAUUGUGAUGAGCCAAUUUUGCACAGUGCUGCACUUUUUGAUUAAGAAAAUAUGUAUUUAUCUGUAAAAUGCUCAAAAAGAAGUAUGUUUGCAAGAUAGGGCAGCAUAGUACAAGCAUUUUAUUUUGAAGAGCUUUACCCAUUAUUGUUAACGCUUGUGUUUGUAGCCAAAAUCCCUUAUUCGUAAAGGGAUUGUUUUUCAUUUUGCUUAUGUUUUCGUUUUGACUAUUUCGCUCAUGCAUUUUCUUAUAAUGAAUCAUUGUUACUUUGCUUUUUAUUUUUAUACUUAAAUCAUGUCAGAAAAACGUUGAUUGGACAGUGAACAUGAAUUGUCAAGACCAAAAUGUAACUCGCAGCAGGAUGUGAUGUUAGGAUUGAAUCCGUCACAUCCUGCUCUGGAGCGAUGCUUCGAUUGUCCCCCUUUACACUGCUGUUUGUUCCUUUUUGCCCUGUCCAUGUCUGGCAUGCUGUCUCUGGAGUGAAAGGAGCAUCCCUCCAACACAUAAACACACACACACACACACACACACACACUCUCUCCUUGUUCUAUCUAUGUUAUCUUUUAUACUCUAGUGCCACUUGGUGGAAGGAACCCACCUGAGACUUCUGAGAAUGAGUCAAACUAAUUGUCAGGGUCCAAAAGAAAAAAGAGAGAUUAAAAAAAGUUUGUCCACUCGACUCCUUUUUAAAAUGUCUGCCUUUUAUUACAGCGUAAUCAUGAAUGGCUGCACUUCAUGUCCCCCCUAGUUUGAGUGUAAUGUUUAAAAAGGCAACAGGGCUCCUUUUGAAAACCAGUAUUCUUAAGCACUUAUUUUAUUUUUGCCCAAUUGUAUGCAGCACAGUGACCUUUUUGUAAAGCUUGACUACCUUUUCAGCACUUCAGAGUAUGCAUAACAUUGCCCUCUCUCUAGUUCUUUAGCACUUAAUUGUGUUUAAAACUAACUCCCUUGGUUGCAUUUAGUUAGCGUCACACUGCACUGUCUACAAUCAGUUAGCUUUACGUUUGGCUGUAUUUUAUGAUUAGAAAAGGCUCAACUAUCUUAUAUUUUGGCACUCGGUAAAGAUUGGUAUGUGCUGUACAAAGCUUUUUUUUAUUACUCCAUUGUUAAGGCUGUACAGGGUUGUGACGAUAACUGGUAAAUAGAUCAUUUGUACUUUUUUGGUUUUGUAUUUGUUUUUCUUUAUUUGGCAUUAUUUUAUGUUCAACUUGCCAGAUCUAAAUGUAACAGGAUUUGAAAGUAAAGCUUACAUCAGUU